AUGACAGACUCAUUGGCAAAGUUAGAGCCUUACUUGCUGUUGGCAAGAUCUACCAAAGGUGCUGCUGCAGCCAAGAUCAUAUUGGACGUCACUGCCGCUCCUGGAAUAUACGUCUUCUCCGAAUUGAUGGAAUUAUCGAAUAUACAAGAGCUGUCAAACGAUCCAAAGUAUCAAGGACAUUAUCAACUUCUCAGAUUAUUCGCUUAUGGUACUUUGGUUGAAUAUCAAACUGCAUCUAGCUCAUACCCGCCUCUCACUGCCCCUCAUCAAGUGAAACUCAAACAUCUCACUCUCGUUUCUCUCGCUUUGAAGAAUAGAUCUCUGCCGUACGGUUUGAUCCUGUCCACACUGCAAAUAGAGUCGAUACGUCAAUUGGAAGAUCUUAUCAUCGAUGUCAUAUACGCUGGAUUACUUGGUGGUAAGAUACACCAUCAAGAAAAGGUAUUACAUGUUGAUUGGGUAGCAGGAAGGGAUCUAGAGCAGAAAGAUCUGUUGGAAGUCCAAUCUGGUCUACUGAACUGGUGUAAAACGGCCGAAACGUUGUUAUCAGCAUUAGAUGAUCAGAUACAAACUGUUCGACAAAACUCAGCUAAAGAGUCUGCUAAACAAGCUGAAUAUAAGAUAUACAGAGAUAGAGAAUAUCAAAGUAUCUCAAACGAGCUGAAAGCAUCAAAAUUCAAAUCAUUUGGAAGUGGCGGCGGACAGGGUAUUUCGACUCGGCAUGGUGGAAUAGGUGGUGGAAUAGGAAAGGAUUUCUCUGGUAUGGGAGGCCAGAUGACUAAUGAAGCUCUCCUAGCCGCUGUCGCAGGUGCAGGUGCAGGAGGUGGGAGUGGAGUUGGACCAAGGACGAAUGGGAGAUUAACGACUCGUAAUGUUUCCAGUCCAGAUGAAUUGGCGACUCAAAGAUCAUCAAAGCGAUUAAGGGAUUGA